CUUCAAUGAAAAAUGUUCAAAACUGAGCACUCUGUCUUAAAAACUCAGCAGCUGGCAAAUACAUCUGACAGAAGUUUAAAGGUUAAAGGUGUUAAUAGUUGUCUCAUUAUUUGCCGUUUAGAACCCGGGGUGGACUGUAAAAUUGAGCUGAUAGGUCUGGUGGUGCUCUCUGUGGCCUUGUUGAUCUCUCUGUGUAUCAACAUCUUCUUCUGCGUGAAACAAAGAGCCAAGCUGUGCAGAGAAACAGACAACUGCUGCGUCCCACACUUUGAUGAAGAAGACAGGCUGUCACAGGAGCAAGGGAAUUAUUUUCAUAACGUCAAUCAUGAUGAGCAGCAGGAAAAUCACCACGAUCAUCAUGAGCAGCAAGAAAAUCACCACGAUCAUCAUGAGCAGCAAGAAAAUCCUAUCUAUGGAAACAUCAGCACAGACAGACAAGAUUCUGGAGAGGUUUGUUAUGAGAUGAUGACCAUGAAGCAGACAAGAGAGCGUGUGAAGGCUACAGAAGCUGACCUGAAUUAUGCCUCACUGGAUCUGAAGCGGGCCAAGAAACACAAGAAGAGGCUUCGCCAUCAGCAUCAGGGAAGGAACAGCCUUCAAGAUCAGCCCUCAGUCCAGUCUGCGAACGCUUUCCUGGAGGUGGACAUGGACAUGGAUGCACGCCUUCCAUCUAGAGACACUAGCACCAUGGUGUCCCACAGCAGCAUCUACCUGAACAGCCAACAGAUAGCACAGGAGGCAGAGGAGAUGGAGAGGGAAAGGGGGAUAAAUACAGAGAGGGAGAAUAUGAGUUGGGAAGGAAUAAGAAGUGAGGAAGAUGGAAGGAUUCCAGUGUGGAAUGGAGAGAGAGAAAGUGAGGAAAGAACAGAUCUCAGUAAUGGAAAUAUGUGUCCGCAGCUUUUAGAGGCAGACGACAGUCACACGAAUCAUUGUGAUCGUAGCUUUGACCGCGAGAGUGUCCUAUAAGAUUAGUUGAAUGUUGUUGUGUCUGCAAAGAUUUUUAUCUUCAGUCUUCAACAAGCUCUGUAGACUUGAGCAAUUUCCUUUCUGAUGCAAGCAAACUACCUCUUGAUCUCUACAUAUUGAGCAACAGAGGAACAAAGGAGCACCUUUCUGUGCAGAGGAUGUAAUAAACGUAGUGGAUUUAGAGAAAAGGAAACGGUAUGUGUGUGACAUUUAGAGGUCAAGAGCCACGUGGAAAUGUUCAAUUUAUUGCGAAAGACGAAGAAAACCUGAAAUCAUCACACUGUCUGAUGUCUCAUUAAAAAGGUUUGAAGGGGAAAGAAUACAUCCUACUUUUGCUUUCCACACUGUAGGCAAUGGCCAAAAUGUGAGAGGUGAAACUUUAAUGAAUAAAUUAACUUGUUUACACACACAUGCAGUUGGUAAUAUUACAGGUAGGAAAGUAAAGAGGGGAAAUCUAUGAAUGGAAUAUUAGUAAUACAGUUGAAAUUUUCCCCUCUGUGGGAAUAUAAAGUAAAUAUCACCCACAGAUGAUUCUCUCCAACACGGUGAUAAUAAUCUAUUGCCCUUAUCAGCUUGACAUUAUGAUAUGAUAUGACACGUAUGUCUAUUAAUAAACCAAAAAACAAUUGAUCCACAAGUAAACAGAGUAGUGAAACCAAUGAAAACAACAAACAAAAUAUAUCAAAUAUUACCCAUAAUGCAAGUUUGACACAAAACGCAACAAUAUGUGAAAAGGAGAAGAACACCUACAAAACAAAUUCAUCCUCAAAAAACAUUAACUAAAAAUCUGAUAGAGCCUGUUCAUGAAACAGCUUUGUUUGCAGUAUUGUGGUUAUUAUUUCCCUCUCUGUAAUUCCCACUUAAGCUCAGCAGUCAGAGUCGAGCAGCACACUUACCAUCAGCUGACAGUUUUUCAAUAGUUGUCCAUGGCCUACUUCCUGUAUGGAUUCAUCUCUGGCCUCUGGCGUUCUGGAUCAAACUGUUACAGACAUGCAAACAUAAGCAACAUAGAAAAAAAAAAAGAUAUAACAAAUAUAACACACAAAAAUUGCAUUGAAGAAUUAUUUUAGAGUACAAUGUUUCCACACAACAAAUGUUAAAGCUCCUUACAUCUUCAGUGAAUUCAUAUUAUCUAGAUUCAGAAACAAGUGUGAGUACAAUGGAUUAACAGUGAUACCAAUGAUUCUUACACACUGAGUCAGAACACAUUACACUGUAUGCCAGUUUAUUCCCUCAACUAGUUCGUACUGUAAUAGAAAGGUAUAUUUUUUUGAUACCAAAGUUUUUGUUUCUUUUUUUUUUUUUUGCAAUGGCAGAUGAGGAAAUGGGAAAGGGGAAAGCAAUAUCACUGUAUUUAUUGUCUUUUUUAAAUUAUCUUUUGGCAACUUUGUAUAUUUGAGUUUUCUCCUGUUUAGACUUGUCAUCCACAGCCAUCUGUUUGUGCAAGAAUGUAUUCAAAUGUGUAUCCUAAAUGUGUCUUAAAUCAAUAUAAGGCUUGAGUUAGUCACAUCACUCAGCUGUUUCUGUGUUUUUAUCAUAAUUUUCCCUCUUUAUGCUUCUUUUGAUGCAUUUUCAUGUUGAGUGGCACAGGUGGUAUAUACUAAUAUACUUUCAAUACACUGUGAAGUUUUUUUUAUAUGGCCACUGUGAACAAGAAGCACCAAAAAGACUCACCACAACGAGUCAUAUUUUCUGAACUGCCCCUCUGAUGUUCAAAUUUAAGCAAAUGCUCAAACCAAAGAAGGCUAUAAUUAUUUAAUUAUGAACAAGUCUUUUUGAAAGUUAUUGCAUGCAGACCAUAAAAAGCAGCCUUGAGUACUUUUUUGUCUUUGAAAAGUUAAUGCUUUUUCUGCCUUUGCUACUGAGACAGAUCACUUAAUAAGGUACAGUGAAUGACUAUUGUUUUGCAUUCGACCCAAUGUUUUUGGAGUUGUCUCCUGCAAAAGGGCAUGGGGCUAAAAGGUUUAU